AAAUAGACACUCAGGUUAUAGCAGUCCAUUUCAAUUCAACGAAAACAUUUCCUUUGAGAUGUAUUAGAGGUUAGAAUGGCUCGCCUGCCUUGUGCACAAAUAACCCGCAAUCUUAUGGCUUCUCGCUGUCCAUGGGGGGGCUUCCUGACGGCUCUCCUGCACUGUGCACAAAUGCCUUCAACUGUUAUUAUUUCCCACUGUGCACAAGGAAUCCUCCUGACUUGUACACAAAUCUGCCUACAUUGUACACAGGUGAACGGCCUGCAUUGUGUACACUGAAAGCCUGGUGCCACAUUAUUUGGGUAGGUCCUUUUUGGAUAUAUAUUGCCCUGCUGGAGCUGUUGCUCGUCCAUCUAAAUGCCAUGCCCCUCGCAGAACAGUUGUCUGAUACCACAGCCAUCCAUGCUACCGAUGAUGAUCCAACAUCUGCUGACAGUGACCAGCUUGACAUGAGAUCACUUUUUGACUUUGAGUCUUUGUUUGACGAUUUUUCUACCCCAUUCUCACCGACUGUGCUCUUCUAUCAUCCCUACAACGAUCUACACACCCUCGAAGUCGGAAUCAUUGGAGUCCUACGCAUCCCCGGACUCUACAAAUAUGCAAUCCGGCUGGAAUAUACCCCUGAACAGCGGCUCUGGCUUGCCAAUUGAGGUCCUUGAUUUGAACAUGCUGUUUGCUGGAACCGGAUCCGCUCCUUUUUCCAGCGCAUCUGGCAUGAAUGGUUUGUCGAAUGGCCCAUUGAACGUGGUGCUACACAAACAGCCAAGGAGUAUGUUGGGAUUUGCAC